AUGGAGAGAAUAACGCAGAACCCGACCGAGCUGCUGAGACUGGUGAACAUGGCCGUAGGCGGACUCAUGAUCGCCGGCGGUGUUGGAUCACUCAUCAACCAUUCAUUCUCGAGCAUCAUCAUCGGCGUCUACGAGCUUCUAUUCGGAGUGGUCACAAUCGGCCUGGAGAUCCAGGUUCCUACAGAAGAACAAAAGGCGCUGGUGCACAAGUAUGCGAGCUUCAUACAUUCCUUCGUGGGAAGAGGGGUCUACUACCUGCUGCUUGGCGUGCUCAUGCUGAACUACUAUACCAUCCUAUACAUCUGCGGAUCUAUUCUUGGACUCGUAGGACUGGUGUAUAUCGGACUUCACUUUGUCCCGAUUGUGGAACCACCAUCGACUAUGCAGGCGCCUACAACGGACAUUGAGGCUCAGCCGGUCUGGCAGGGACCGACUGAGUAG